UGGGCCGUGCUUCUGUCUCACGCGCAGCUCCGUUUCAGAUCCCAGCCCGGACUUCAGGAAUACUUCAGGAGGUUUUCUGGGAAAAUGGGAAACUGUCAGCCAACAAUCUUUCCGUAUGAGGACUUUGACGUCGUGGCUGAUAUCAAGGCCAUCCGCAAAGCCUGCAAAGGUUUAGGCACCGAUGAAGAAGCCAUCAUUGAAAUCCUGGCUAAUCGCAGUGCGGCUCAGCGCAUGGAGAUAAAACAGGCUUACUUCGAGAAGUACGAUGAUGAGCUGGUGGAUGUGCUGAAAAGCGAGCUGUCUGGGAACUUCGAGAAUGCCAUCCUUGCCAUGCUGGAUCCGCCACAUGUGUUCACUGUGAAGGAGCUGCGCAAGGCGAUGAAAGGAGCGGGCACUGACGAGGACGUCCUGGUGGAGAUCCUCUGCUCUGCCUCCAAUGAUGAUAUUGCUGUUUACAAGGAAACCUACUUCCAAGUGCAUGAGCGGGAUAUGGAGGCGGACAUCGCUGGAGACACCAGCGGUGAUGUCAGGAGGCUGCUAACUCUGCUCCUGGAGGGAAAUCGCGAUGAGAGUUAUGAAGUGGACGAGGAUCUGGCUGAACAGGACGCCACGUCACUGUUUGAGGCUGGAGAGGGCUGCUUUGGCACAGACGAAUCGACGUUCAGCUAUAUCCUGGCCACCAGGAAUUACCUGCAGCUCCAAGCGAUGUUCAAAGCCUAUGAAGCUCUUUCUGGAACGGAGAUUCUAGAUGCCAUCGAGAAUGAAACGUCAGGAACACUGAAGAAGUGUUACAUCGCACUGGUGAGAUGUGCAAAGAAUCCACAGCUGUAUUUUGCUCGGCGUCUGAAUGCAGCCAUGAAGGGAGCAGGCACUGACGAGGACACCCUCAUUCGCAUCAUCGUCAGCCGCUCCGAGAUCGAUCUGGAGACGAUCAAGGACAUGUACCUGGAGAAAUACGACGUGCCUCUGAAGGAAGCCAUCAACUGUGAGUGCGGUGGAGACUUCAAGCGCCUCCUGCUGGCCAUCUGUCAUUAAGGCGGAGAAAGAAAAGGAUGUUUAGGUUAAUAAAGAGAAACUAACACAACUGACCCUGGGUCCUAGUGCACACAAUAUAUCCGGUUCAACACUAUCUGUAGUUCUGGUGUGGUAUUUGGUGCAAAUCUUUUUUUUUUCUUUUUUCCCCCUAGCAAUCAAAGAGGCUGUGAAGUUAAGUUUAUUUCUAUAGCGCUUUUAACAAUAUAUGUUGUCGCAAAGCAGCUUUACAGAAUUUACAGUAAACAAAACUGUUUUGAGAGUAGAUACGCUCUUUAUUUAAAAAAAAGGUGAAAAAUGUAAUAAAAGGGUGCAAGGUCAAAGGUUAACCAGCACAUCCAUGUGGAAAGUUGACUAUAUAUCCAAAGUAAUGCAGGUAUAUGGUAUGUUAUGCUAUAAUACAAAGCCAGUAUUUUAUUUUUUCAUAUUUGCAUGCUUGAUAUAUUUUGGAAAAGAUUGUGGAGCACCUCUAUCUUGCUCUCGGGUGACCACACCUCUUUAAAUAAAACUUGAACAUGCUUCAGUGACUGUUAGAAAGAAAUUCGCUAUGCAGUUUUAAUUUGCCUGACAGUUGGGAAUGAUAAACAAUCAUGAAGGACGUAAGCAAAGUUAAAAAAAAAAGCAUUUCAUUUACAAUCAGAGACACUUUAUAACAUUGUUUGUGAAGUAAGAAAGUUGUUACACGGCGUUAGCUCUACUCACUUAUCAUGGUCAGCCUUGUUUCUCUCAGUGUAUACUAACAUUUUUAACAUUUUUAAUGUAUUAGAAGUAUGUUAUGUUUUACAUCGUGAAUUAUAUUUAGAUUGUAUGUCACAGCUGAUAGCUUUAAUGGCAGAAAUGGUCUUCUUGGCACUGUUGGAAUGAGUAAUGACACACUGCUCUCUUAUAAUACCUGUCAAAUUCUUGAUAAAAAAUGGCAGCUGGAUUUUUAACAACUAAAUUUUAACUGAUUUAGUUCAACUGAACUUUCCUCGACUUCGUGUGACUUAAUGUGGCAAAGCAUGCUGUCAGCGAGCAAAUGUGUUGUAGCUGUUUUACAUGAGGAUGACAUCACUCCAUGGGACCAGGCACUAUCUAAUGGAAAGAUGUGAAUGAAAGACUAAAAAAUUGCCUGAUUUAAAUAAAACACAUUGUUUAAAUACCACAAUAAAAUAUUAAUAGAAAUUCUAA